GCCUGAUAAUUACGACUAAACGGGAUAACUAACAGCACAAGUGCUUUGAUAUUCGCAAACUUUAUUCACGAUGGCGGGACAUAAUCACUGUUUGUAUUACUCUGCUGCGAAUUGGUGAUUGGGCUGACUGGAGAUAGCACUCGCGAUGGACCCCGCGUUGGUCAAAUAUAAUAGUAUGUUCUACAAUCACACCAUAUCAUUCUGUUGCCGCAUGCAAUGGUUACGACGAUAGACUUGGCAGUAUGGGAGAUACUAAUGGGAAAAGAUAUGUUCAUAAACCGCCACAAGUACUUUCGAUGGACGGGUCGUACUGCUGCUAUCACAUUUGUGUUUGGGGCGUUCAUUCCCAGUAUUGUUGGUUAUUUGGCUUACACGACUGAUGUAAGAUUUGAUAUUCGAUCCGGAGCUCGCAGACUCUGCGGAAGGAAAAUGGAGAGCUAAUAUGGAGAUAGGGAAAAUGGGAAAUGAGAGGAAAGCGUAGAGGUGAUGUUAUUGCGGAAUUUUAAGUGGAAGAGAGGAGAUGGGGAAGGGAAAGAAGGCAGGAAUUAGGCUCCGAGACGAAAGGCUAGAGGCUGUACAUAUGUGAGGGAGAUAUCAUGAGAGUCUUUAUGGGACAAUCGAAGUCUAUGGAAUUGAAUUUGCAUUCAUCACCGUGGUCUAAAACAUGCCAGGAUGAUCUGGGUAUUAUUCG